AUUUCCUGUGAACAAUUUAAGUAAUUUCUUAUUAAAAACUUUGAUAGCUUCUGCAUUCGGACUUGAUGGCCUUAUGUGGGACGAUCAUAUCGAAAACUCGUACCGUUUACGAUCGAAUCGAAAGUUUCUAAAACCAGUGUUCCAGUUAUAGAAAGAAGUGGAAAAUCAGGCUUGUUGUGUGUUAAUAAACCGCGGUGUAAAGAAAUUUUUACGUUUUCUAAUAUCGUGUAAAAUACAAUUUUUUGGAACAUAAAAGAUAGACGCAUCAGUAAAAUGGCAAGAAUAAUAUGCUCGGUGGUGCAUGAAGAACCAACAUCCUGGUCAACAUCCUGACUUUCUAACUGCAUUUUAUUUCCCGUGAGAAUGAAAAACGAUUUUGAGGAAGAUCAACGAUAUUCACAAUUUAUUUGACUUAUUCCUAUUUCUAAUUUUAAUAAUGACAAAAAUGACGAUUCUAAGGAAAUUAGUUGGUAUACUUAUUGUAUGUUCUCUCAUACAGAGAAGUUUUAACAAGUACUUAGAGGGUAUGAACGUAAAUUUAGGGGAAGCUGUACAAUUUCUUAGAGAAUAUGACAGCGAAGCUUCUGCAAUGUGUACGAGAGUAAUGACAGCGCAAUGGAAUUUUGCAACAAAUGUCACCGAAGAAAAUCGUCGACGAAUGAUAGAGGAACAGACUUUAAAGUUAAAAUUCGACCGAAUUUCGUGGCGAAAGGCUGUCAGUUUCGCUUGGAGUCGAAUAGGAGAUCCCUUCGCUAAAAGGGAACUCAAAAUGAUCGCUGUCAGGGGACGAAAUUCUCUGACAGACGACAAAUUUAAUGAGCUACAUAAUCUGAUCCUCGAAAUGAAGGAAAUAUAUGCGAGAACAAGGGUGUGUCCUUAUAGAACAAUUGGAACGAAUUGUGAUCUGAGUUUAGAUCAUGAUGUGAAUAAAGCAAUGGCGAAAUCGAAGGAUUAUGAUGAAUUACUAUACUACUGGCAUGCUUGGCAUGAAGCUACUGGGCCUCAACUUAAAAACAAAUAUAUGAGAUACGUCCAACUAGCAAAUCAAGCUGCUCGACUAAAUGGAUUUGAGGAUGCUGGUGAUCAAAUGAGAGAACUCUUCGAAGACGAAUAUUUUCGACAGAACACAGCAGAUAUAAUGUCAGCAGUCAUGUAUUUGUACAAAAAUCUCUUUACCUACGUAAGAACAAAAUUAUUUGAAAGAUACGGCGAUAGAAUAAGAAGGGAUGGACCACUCCCAGCGCAUAUUUUGGGUAAUAUGUGGGCACAAAAUUGGGAAGAUCUUUUUGACAUAGUGCAACCAUUUCCAGCAAGUAAAAAAUUAGACGUCACUCUGGAAAUGAUGAUUCAAAAUAUUACACCUCUGAGGAUGUUUCAAAUAGCAGAGGAGUUCUUUACUUCUCUUGGAAUGAAGCCAAUGCCACCUGAAUUCUGGAGAUUCUCGAUGUUCGAGAAACCUAUCGACAGAGAAGUGAAAUGUACUCCCAGUGCUUGGGAUUUUUGCAACAGGAUUGAUUACAGGAUUAAGCAAUGUACAAGAGUUACGAUGGAGGAUUUACUAUCGACACAUCACGAGAUCGCUCGAUUGCAAUAUUAUUUACAAUAUAGAGAGCAACCAUUAUUAUUUAGAAACGAGGCAAUUCCAGGAUUUUUCGAAGCAGUCAGUGAUGCCAUUGAACUCUCCGUGUUCACCCCACAACACUUAAGUAAAAUUGGAUUGCACGAUAAUUCUACAAACGAUUAUGAAAGCGAAAUCAAUUUCUUGAUGUUAAUGGCGCUUCGUAAAAUUACCUACAUACCAUUUGCAUACAUAGUUGACGAGUGGAGGUGGCGUGUGUUUAAUGAGGGUGUUACUGAUAUGACAAAUAAAUGGUGGGAAUUAAGAUUGCAAUAUCAAGGAAUUGUGCCUCCAGUACCACGGUCUGAAAGAGAUUUUGAUCCCGGAUCGAAGUAUCAUAUUCCAGCUGAUGCUCUUUAUGCCAAAUAUUUUGUUGGUGUUGUCUUGCAAUUUCAAUUGUUCGAAUCUUUAUGUGAAAUAGCUGGCCACACUGGUGAUCUACAUACUUGUGAUUUUUAUAGAUCAAGAGAUGCUGGAAGAUUAUUAUCCGAUGUGCUAUCAAUGGGAUCGUCUAGAUCUUGGAAAGAUGUGGUACGACAAAUGACAAGAGGCAGAACAAACAGAAUGGAUGCUGGCGCGAUAUUAAGAUAUUUCGAGCCUUUAAAUCAAUGGUUAAAACGACAAAACGAAAUGGAACCGGUAGUUGGUUGGAUUACAAAUCGUGAUGAUACAGCAUUGUUUUUUCACUGGUAUCAAAAUGGCGCCCGAAAAAUCACUUCACAGUUAUUCCUUCCACUGGUUUUAAUUAGUAUACAAAUAUCAACAUAUUAACAGACAAAAAUAAAAUAAAAUACUACUGUAUAUAUGAUGAAAGAUUAUGUAAAUACGUAUGAGGUCUUUAAACAAGAAUCAACGUAAUAAGGCACCUCUAUCUCUAUCUCAAUCUCUGUAUCAUGUAACUAUAUAAUACUACGUAAUUGAUGCUAA